UGUAGUCGUCAGUUUAAGAUUGGUGUUGUUGACGGGCUGUGAUCGGAUUCGUUUAAUCCAUGUCGGUGUGUGUGUGUGUGUGUGCGUGUGCGCGUGCGUGCCUGCCUGCCUGCCUGUCUGCCUGCGUGUGUGUGUAUAUCUAUGUUUGUGUGACUCAGCAGUGUGCUGAUUCUAUGUCGAACGCAAACCCCCAUCCACGUAGAUCUUAGCCAGGAGCAGUGCAUCGGACGCGGGUUGGUCGGUACCGAGUGGAGGAAUGCCUGCCGGUGUUUGUGGAUGUUGUGGUCCUCUGCGGCCACGCUAUAAGCAUCUAGUGGACAAUAUUUUUCCAGAGGACCCCAAGGUAAACUCAGAAAUGAUGGAUUGGUCAAAUCAGAUAUGGAGAAGUUAACGUUUUAUGCGGUGUCGGCACCAGAGAAGCUGGACCGCAUUGGCGCGUACCUCGCCGAGCGCCUCAGCAGAGAUGUGGUACGACACCGCUACGGGUAUGUGGUAAUUGCGAUGGAGGCCUUGGAUCAGUUGUUGAUGGCUUGUCAUUCUCAGAGCAUCAAGCCAUUUGUGGAGAGCUUCUUGCACAUGGUGGCCAAACUGCUGGAAUCCAGAGAACCAGAUUUACAAGUGCUGGGCACCAACUCAUUUGUGAAGUUUGCGAACAUUGAGGAGGACACGCCCUCUUAUCAUCGCAGAUACGACUUUUUCGUCUCCCAGUUCAGCGCUAUGUGUCACUCCACACACGAGGACCCAGAAACCCGUUCCAGGAUACGUGUGGCUGGAAUUAAAGGUCUUCAGGGUGUCGUUAGAAAGACUGUGAAUGAUGAACUGCAGGCAAUCAUCUGGGAGCCUCAACACAUGGAUAAACUCAUCCCUUCCAUGCUGUUCAACAUGCAAGACAACGAGGACUCUGAGAGGUCUGGAGAGGAGAAUCCGGCUUCAUUGGCGGAGAGUUGUUUUCGAGAGUUGCUGGGUCGCGCUGCUUACGGCAACAUGAACAAUGCUGUGCGUCCUGUGCUUGUACAUUUAGACAACCAUCGUCUGUGGGAGCCAAACGAUUUUGCUGUGUCCUGUUUCAGGAUAAUCAUGUACUCAAUACAGGCCCAGCAUUCUCACCAUGUAAUCCAGCAAGUGUUGUCUCACCUUGACACCCACAGUAAGAACAUACCACGUGUCAGGGCAGGCAUCGUUCAGGUGCUGCUGGAGACAGUUGCCAUAGCAGCCAAAGGUUCAAUCGGUCCCACAGUCCUGGAAGUGUUUAACACCCUGUUGAAGCAUCUGCGGAUGAGUGUGGAUUUUGAACUGGGUGAAGGAUCGCGCAGGAACUCUGCAAGCAGCCUUUCCUCCACCCGCACCAAAGAAAGCGAAGAGCGCAUCGUACAAAACGCCAUCAUACAAACCAUCGGUUUCUUUGGAGGCAAUCUUCCUGAUUAUCAGAGAGCAGAAGUGAUGAUGUUCAUAAUGGGGAAAGUUCCAGUUUACGGCACGCCCUGCCACACCCUGGACACCGUCAAGAUUGGGCAUCAGGGCACCAAGAGAAUUCAAAUGAUGCUGCUCAGUUCUCUCAUUAUGGUGACAUCAGGGUUUAAGUGUAAAACGAUGUGUGCUGGUUUGCCCGUUGCUUUUCUCGAGCCGUUAUGCUCCAUCUCUCUGAUGGAAGACAGUGAACUUCGGCAACUUGUCCUGGAGAUCCUGCACAACAUCACUGAUCGCCAUGACAACAGAGCCAAACUCCGUGGGAUCCGAAUAAUUCCUAAUGUAGCUGCUCUGAAGAUCAAAAGAGAGAAAAUCUCCAAACAGGAUGUUGUUUUCAUGAAAAAGCAUGGGCAGCAGUUAUACAGACACAUCUAUCUGGGUUGUAAGGAGGAAGAUAACGUACAGAAGAACUUUGAGCUGCUUUUCACAGCUCUGGCCCUCAUUACUAUUGAACUGGCCAAUGAGGAGGUGGUGAUUGACCUCAUGCGGCUGUCCAUCGCCCUACAGGACAUGGCCUUGACCAAUGAGGAGAACAUGCCCAUAUUCAUUCGCUGUGGCAUUAUGGCACUGGUCGCCGCCUACCUCAACUUUCUCAGCCAGAUGAUUGCAAAUCCAUCGUUCUGCCAGUACGUCAGCAAGGUGAUUGAGCUGAGGAAUAUGGAUGCUCCAUACCUGCUGCCUGAACACGUCUUCAGAGAGAAGUGUGUGCUCCCAGAUUCUCUGGAUCGGGAUGAUAUCAGUCUGUAUUUUCAGACAGCUGAUUUGGCAGAAGCUCUGACUGUACCUGGAUAUAACGUGGAGAGACUGGCUGCACCUUACAUUCCCCAGGUUACAGUUCUAUACACAGUAGGAAAGAUUCUGCACAGAUGCAAACAGACAUCCAGAGACCGGAUGUCCCGUAGGAAGAGUUUUGUAGACACAAUUUCUCUCCAAGUUGACAUCCUUUCCAAUAGCUUACCGGAUCAGUCUCAGCUUGCAGAGGAGAUCACAUUUGAGACACUGAAGAAAGCCAUUGAAACCACAGGUUUGGAAGAGCAGGAGAGAGAAAGGAGACGGCAGGUGAUGGAAAAGUUCCAGAAAGCUCCUUUUGAAGAGAUUGCUGCCCACUGCGAGUCCAAGGCCAGCAUGCUGCAUGAUCGCUUGGCUCAGAUAUUUGAACUCACCAUUCGCCCACCCCCGAGCCCGUCGGGUACAGUGAGUGUGACAUCAGGCCACACCCAGUACCAGUCUGUGCCAGUCUACGAAAUGAAGUUCCCUGACCUCUGCGUGUACUGAGCAAAGACCUUUCACCUUUUACUGUGUUAUACAAACUCAAGUUGGCAUAUGACCACUAACGUUUUUCACACUUCAUAAGACCAUGUGCGUCAAAGCCACUCACUUUAACCUUUGACACAUAACAUAAUUUUAAUCUAUAUUAGACUUAACAUCAUGUAAAUGCAUUAUGAAAUCCAUUACAUGUGUUUCCAUGCCUCCAUUUUGCACCAGUCAGCACACAAAGUUCUUCAAACAGCCAUUCAAUCAUACACCAGCACUAUAGUGUCAUCUGAAUUUGUGUGUGUGUGUGUGUGUGUGUGUGUGUGUGUGUGUGUGUGUGUGAGAUUUUUCAAACUGACCAAGAGUGUUUCGAUAUGUGAUUCGUUAGUUCCUUGAUGAUUUGAUUGAUGGGAGUAAUUUGUAAAAUGUAUUAUAAAUCAUGUGAACUUAAAGGCUAGCAUUUGUUAAAAUGCUAGUGUAUCUCUCUCGUCUUUCUCACAUUCUUGGACACAUAGCCAUCACUAAGCUAUCUUCAGAUCACUUUUGCUGAAAAAAUAUAUAUAUAUAUAUAUAUAUAUAUAUAUAUAUAUAUAUAUAUAGGGCUGUCGAUUUUUUUUUUGUCGCAUUAAUUCCGUGCAAUUAAUUUUAUAAAAAAUAACGCGUUAAAAAAAAUGUACGCAAUUAAUCACAAUGCCCCCAGACCGUAAUAAGGAAGAUUCCUGAGAAAUGCAAACUUGUAGUACCACCUGUUUAAUCCAGAGGGCAGUAAGUGAAACUUCAGCUGUGUGGGCAACACGCAGUUUAUACAGUGAAGAAAACAACCAUCCAGCAGCAGUACAAUACAAACAUGCGUUACGUUCUUGCAUUCAAAUACUUGAUGGAGUGCAAAUCCGAACUAAGGGAUCUCAGGAUGUGUUCUAGGUAUUAAACUAUAUUUAACUUGACACAGUGACCAUAAAUUUUGUUUAUGACGCAACACACCCAAGAUGCUACACAAUCAUAUCUGAUGCAGGAGUGAAGGGUCCUUAAACAAGCCCUCAUAAUAAAUCUCGAACUGAUUGACAAAUUCACUUGUGAAAUGGAUUGCUGUGAACUGUAUGCCAAUGAUUGAUUUAUGGUCAUUAAUAUGGUAGUAAACAAUGUAUUGUAUUCUGAAACCACUUAUCUAAUGCAUUUUAAUUAUCUGAACAUGUUCUAUUUUAUAUAUAUAUAUAUAUAUAUAUAUAUAUAUAUAUAUAUAUUAAUAUUUAAAGAUAACUAUGUAUAAUUAUUUCAUCAUUAUAUAUUGAAUUAUUGUUAUAUGAGGGACUUUCUCAGCAAAUAUUUGUAUCUGCGAUUAAUCGCGAUUAAUUAUUCGGGACACCAUGUAAUUCAUUCGAUUAAAAAUUGUAAUCAAUUGACAGCCCUAAUAAAUAUAUAUACGUAUAUACAGUAUAUACUGUUAGAUCAAAAAAAUUAUAAUAUUUGCAGAGUAAAUGUGUUGCGUUUGCAUGGCUCAGCCAAUGUUUUUCACUGCACUCUUCCUUGGAUUUAGGCUUUUAUUAAUGUACAAAUGUAACUUUGUUGUUGCGGAUGUCAAUGGGGCUUUUUUGUCACCAAGAGUUCUUAGUGAUCACUCUGCUCUCCAUUUUGCCUUCACUGUAUAGAGAAAACAAAACAUCUGCUUUUUAUCACCAAAGACGACCUCAUACGCCCUUCCUUAAUGAAAAUCAGAUUAUGAGCCAAUCAGAAAGUGAGGGUGGGAAUACUGCGGUAUUCCAUUAUUCCUUUUGGUAAUAGUUGUGAAAGAGAUAUUUACUUGUACUUUCUAGUUCUAAAACAGUUUUGAAAUGGACUGGGAGCACAAAAACUUUGGAGAUCAGUUCUAAAAUGGUCUGCAUUCAUCAAUCAGCUGCUUUUAUAUUGAGCCACAAGUGUGUGGAGAAAAAACUAAACAAAAAAACAAAUUGUAAUGCUUGACAUUUAUUUGUGACUGUUAGAAGCUGACAUUAGAAGCUGGAAUUGUUUUACAUUCAUUUGAGCUUCCUUUGGUGAGAGCAGUGAUCAAUUAAAGUUUUGUUUAGCUGUUAAAAAUGUGUUCACCGUUUAGGACUUUUUGGGUUAAGGCUUGUUCAGGGCAUUUGCUGUAGUACGAAUGGCUUAUCGUUUUCAUGAAUGGACUUAUGUGGACGAGACUGCAAGUAAAUAGAUGUGUCCGGGUAUGGCACAUUUAUUGGUUGUUUAUGGAUGAUGUAAUGAUGAUGCGAUGUGGAAUGUUUCAAUGGUUUGGAUGUUUGUGAAUAUGAAUAAUGAAUAUUAUGUCAUAAUUUACUCACAUUCAAACUUGUGUGACUUUCUUUCUUCAGAACACAAAUGGCGAUGGUUGGCAGAAUGUGAAGGACCUGCAGUCUCAGUCCCCAUUCAAAUACCAAAAGAUGCAAUAAAAGUGAUUGGCGGCUGAGGUUGUCAGUCCUUAACAUUCUGCCUAGCAGCGCCAUUUGUGUUCCAUCGAGGAAAGAGUCGGUUUACGACCAACAUGAGGGUGAGUAAAUAAAGACAGAAUUUUCAUUUGGAAAUGAAAUUUAAGAUGAGGGGAGGGAAGUUUCAAGAGAAGGAUUUCACUGAAGAAAAUGUUGGUGAAAAAAGCAAUACUUGACUUUGGCCGUUGUGUAUUUCUCUGAGCAAGUUGCUACAUUUCAGUAGAGGAUGCCUGGCGACAAUAAGUGUAAACUAUUUUUAAUGCUGUGAUGAAAUGCUCAAAAUGCCUAUACAAUCUAAUUUCUAGAUUAAUGCAAUAUAUUUUUGAUGUAAUAGAAAUAGGAAUUUGAUGUUUCAUGAAAUGAGACAUCUCAGACACAUCAUCUGUAAUUGUGUGUGUGUGUGUGUGUGUGUGUGUGUGUGUGUGUGUGUGUGUGUGUGUGUGUGUGUGUGUGUGUGUGUGUGUGUGUGUGUCAAAGGGACGUGCUAAGUCAAACUCCUCUGCAUGCUGGUAUUGUCUUUUUUUGUUACAAUCUUAAAUUGGUGAAGGUAAUUCAGUCUUACUGUAACUAGUAAUCUCAUAUUAAGUGUAAUUCAUAUUUCAUUUUCAUCCUUAGUGGAAUUUUGUGGUACAUUACUGACUGUGUUUAGCACAGUGUUUGUCUGAAAGAAAUUAAAUUUAGUUGAGUUCUGCUAUAUCUGUAAUUUAGACUCAUAAGACUAAUGUUGUUUGUUUGUAUGUGGGAGAAAUAACAAGAGAUUACGGUUCACUGCGGUUUGGCUGUGAUGUGUUGAUAUGGGACAGUGCAGAUUUCAAAGUCUUCCAUGUGAAGAUAGUACUGAUAGGCGUAUGGCUACAUGCAUCAUGCUAGAUUCUAAAUGUUAAGUGCAUUGUGUAAAACAAACCACUAAAGUGUUGCUGUACAAUUAUAAACGUUAAUAUGAAAUCUCAUAGGUGUUAUUUAGCCAUAUCCAAGUUCGCUCUCAAAAAGUGUCUGCCACUUUAAUGUGCAAUGAGAUUUAUGUAAUAUAUAAUAUUAUAUAGUUAUAAUGUAAUAAAGUCUCAAUAAAGAUUUUGUA